GGUUGGCCCGUGCGACCACUGGCAUUGGUUUCGGAAAUUGGCGCCGGGGCCUCCAGGCCGGGCGCAGAUUGGGUAGUGAAUCUGAAGGCGCGACGUCGCCGUCUGCUUGCGCGUGCCUAUAUUGCUAGCAGGCCGCCGUGGCCGCCGCUCUCGAUGCGCAGUGCCUCACUUUUCCAUCUUCCGUAUACGUAAGCAC